AAAUCGUUCGGCCGGUCCGCUGGCGGUUCAGUAGUGAGCGAGCGUUGGCAGCAUUUGCUUUGUGCCGAGCGCAGGAACCUUCUGACGACCUUGAGCUAUCCAACAAUCAGCGAUGCUGUCUUCAAUCCUUAUUUACCUCAUCUACUACAUGGUGUACACCGUCCUCCUGGCCAUAGCUGGUCUGUGGUGCUUCGAAGACUGUGUGCUGACUGAAGAAGAAGAAUAUGACUUUGUUAACCAUCAUCGGGCGAUGCCCUAUUGAAUGGGCUGUUAUAAUGUGACAUUUUGCAAAGCAAAUUGUUAUCGAGAUUCAUCAAGGUGAAUUAAAUAGUGGUGUGUAGUGUGUGUCAGUGAAAUACGACAAUUCAGCGAGUGACAGAGUGAUAGACAUUGUUCAAAAUGACUGGUUUCGUGAAAAUCGCGAUCGAUGACUACUAUUCUGAUAACAAUUGGACGACGAUCAUCAAUAAAUAUUGGGUGCUAGCUGAAAGAGUUUCAGAUCCCCGAGUACAAGGAUGGUUUUUCUUCGAUUCGCCGAUACCUACCUUCGUAAUGGUAGUCCUGUACCUUGCCUUCGUUCUCGUAGCAGGGCCCAUGUGGAUGGCCAAUAGAAAACCGUUCCAAAUCAAAAACCUCCUCGUUGCAUACAACGCUGGCCAGGUUCUUCUGUCAUUAUAUAUGUUUUAUGAGCACUUAAUGUCUGGAUGGUGGGCUGAUUACAGUCUAACAUGUCAACCUGUAGACUACAGUGAUAGUGAAAAAGCGAGAAGAAUGCUCCACUUAUGUUGGGUGUACUACUUCUCAAAAUUAUCGGAAUUUGCCGACACGAUAUUCUUCGUUUUGAGAAAAAAGAAGAGUCAGAUCACCUGGUUACAUCUAUACCACCACUCUUUGACGCCUUUUGAAGCCUGGCUACUGGUCAAAUUUAUUGCUGGUGGUCAUGGAACUUUCUCGAACAUCGUCAACAAUUUGGUACAUGUAAUAAUGUAUGGGUAUUACAUGGUAGCAGCUAUGGGACCACAGUACCAGAAGUAUUUGUGGUGGAAGAAACAUCUUACUACUAUGCAACUUAUCCAGUUCUUCAUGGUGCUAUUCCAUUCAAUAAGUGCAUUAGUAUACGACUGCGGAUAUCCGAAGAUCAUCGCAUCAGGUUUAAUACUACAUUCGUCGAUUUUCAUAGUUCUAUUCAUGAACUUCUACACGCACGCCUACAAGCCAGACAAACCAAAGCCAAAAGUUGACGCUUGCAACAACAACACUAACGGUUACAUACCACACGGUCACACGAACGGUCACGUGGUCAACGGUUCUGCAAAUGGUCACAUUGAGACGAAGGAAAACAGGAACGGCUUCGUCAACGGACACGCCAAGGAGAAAGUACAAUAGAAUGUGAUAUCAAUUUAUAUAAGACUUAUAAUUUAAGUAUAAAGUGCAAAUGGGCUUCCGUGCUGUUUUGUAAAUACAUAUAUGCUAUGAGCAAGUCUCAGUGAAACAAACUUCUUACUUUUAUUGAAUCAAUAAAAGGUAACCAGUUGUUUAUUCGUCCAAUUAUUUGAAUGUGCUCGAUUCUUUUCGAUGUCCUCGCUCAAUUCCAUUUUCGAUGUAAAAUAAAUGUAAAUAAGAAAACGGUUGUAUAUUUGCUACUAUUAAGCUCUACUAUAUUUGCUCAAUCUAAAUAUGUUUUUUUAUUCUUGGACAUUUCUUUAAAUUCGUAUUAACUACCUCACUACCGUCCUCUUCGAUUAUUCCGUCCUCUGUAAUAUAGAACGUGUAUAUUUUGUAAAAUAAUUAUUUAAGAGCGUAGUUUAACUGAAUUUUCGAUUAAGAAAAUGUCGUUCGACGGAACUGUGCUUUACCUGUAUCAUAUAGGGGUUUUAUUAAAUAAUGGUACUUAAUAUUGAUUAAUCACAACGCUUUAGAUAGAAGCUCUGCUUUAAAUACUUUAUUUAAUAUGUAGUUUUAUUGGAUAUUGAAAAGUUCUAAGAUUGGUAAUCGAGAGGUUGCAAAUAUACGUAUAUUAUUAUAAGGUGUGAUUUCAUAAUAUCAUGAUUUCCGAAGUUUUUGGCGAAUUAAAAUUUCUUUAACUAAGUCUAAGUAUAGUUAUAUUCAUUCAACUUUCAAGUCUUCCAUGUACAUUGUACAGUUUGAAUAAUUAUUAAUUUCAUUUUUAUUGUACAGUAAAUGUAUGAUAUUAAAUAAAUAUUAUAAUUAUUUAAAUAAAUGUGUAAUAGUUACCCAAUUCCUAGGAAUCUCAAUUAAAUUGUAUUGGUCGUAGAAAAACGUUUAUUAGUAUAAUCUGUACCUUUAUUUCGGGUUAAUGGAAUCAGAAAGGGGAAAAUAUCAGUCAGUUGAGGAGAUUUUACAUUAUUUAUAAAUGUAUAAUUUAAGAUUAUUGUAAAAUAUACAAGUAUUAAUAUAAUGUAAGUGGUACUACCAUUAGUGAUGUAUACUUUUUAUAUACAAUAAAAUAUUUACUCUAUA